GGGUUUUGGCGGCGCAAACAAUGACAGUGAGAGGUUCGUAAAAAAUCCCGUUGAAAUGGAGCUUCUUCGGGGUUUUGAAGGAACUUUGGAACGACCCGACCAUGUUAGCAAAGAAUCGACCCACCUCACGAGGGGGAACUUCCCGUACGGUUUGGCGCAACCUAUACCCCUAUAUUCUGGGCUGGAAGGCCACAGUGUCGAGACACAGGAACGGCUGCUUGUUCGAGGUGUUCUCUGCGUGCUUGGACUGACACCUCAUGACUUUGUGUGGAGCGAACGUGGAAAAUCUGGCGAGUGCAAAAUACAUUUCCACCCCAAGUUGAAUCCUCAGCUUGUAACCGAGGCCAAGGAUUUCGCCGAUCUCGCCCGCCAUCACAGUGCCAUCAGACAGUUCAUUACCGACUACCAGUCCACGGGAUAUACAUUGACACUUCAAUCAUUAGUGGGCUGUCUGAACGCAGUCUUGACCACGUUUCGCCUACUACUUGUUACGAUCUCCGACCAAGCGUACAAAUUUACUCUUAAGCUGCUUCAGCAACAUUUAGCCCAACAACGAGUGAUACUCCUAACUUUAUCCGAUCUCUGUGUUACUAUAAGGAACGACCGUUUAGAUGGAGCUCCAAUUCUCUCUCAUCUGUUUAAGCUAAUGGGCAACUCAGGCAACUCCGUAGUACAGAAACUCUAUGAACGUUGCCUUCGUGAAUCAAUGAGGCCGUAUGUUUCGAUGCUGAGACAGUGGCUUAAAGGCCAGUUUGUAAUUGAUCCCCAUGGUGAAUUUAUGGUUCAAGUGCGACCAUUAUUUUUGCGUGAAGGUGACCUAAUAUCCUCCAAAUACGAGCUACUUGAACAAGGUGUACCUUCUUUUUUGGCCGACCUAACCGAGGACAUCCUCACCGCUGGCUGUCACGCAGAAAUGGUCAAUUCAGUUGAGGCCGAUUUUGAUGAAGAGAUCACGACAGAGGCGACUGUUGAUAAGUACCUCUUAGAACCUGCAGGCGCGUCAUCUUGUCCUUCUGUCGAGGAACUUCAAAGUGGAGUCCAAGCUAUUCUAGCGGAAACUUCUGCCACGCUUUUCCGUCUAAUGAAUAAGUACGGCGAUCUCGAUGAGCAUCUCACAUCCUUUAAGGAAGUAUAUCUUUUUGUUCGUGCCGAUAUUUUUAGGCGGUUCUGCGACUUGAGCCGAGGACAACUAAUCAUUAGUAAUUCAAUGUGUUCCCCUAUGGUUCUGAAUAACUUCCUUGCCGACGCUGUUUCCGGCAGUGCAGCUUCUGUUUUCACUCAAUCACAGAUGGGACUGAAGUUCUUGGAAGAAACACUUAGCGUGCGACUAGUAAAUCGCGCUAUCCGUGAGGGCUCACUCAGAGAAGAGGAAGGAGCGAGACUACUGAGUACUCGGCAAGCUUACCUUAGUGGGUGCGGGCACACUUUUGAAUGCAUCGCCACUGAUCUGCACGGCGGGUGGAUACUCCAACACUUGCUCAGUCCUGAUGUACGAGAAAUGUACGAAUUGAUUUUUGGUGUUCGUUUACAAUUGUUUCUAGGCGAAUGCUUCUGCGCGGACGUGCUGCCAUACUGCAUAGGACUGGCCAGAGCCUUGCUACAGCGAAUGCUUGUUUUUAGCCAGAGUAUUUCCGCUUACUUCUCAAUAUUUUCGGUUGAGCAAGAAUGGUCGCGACUGCAGAAGCGUCUUAGUCAAGUCCGUACUGUCGACUCACUAACCCGAACCCAUUCAAAUUACGUCCGGCGAAUCUAUCAACGCUGUCUUCUCGACAAUCUGCAAGCAUCAAUGAGACUGAUCAGCAUCGUAUCGACCGUUUUACAGGCCGCCAUGUCUAUUGACAAAUUAGUUAACGCCGAAAACACGGUGAUUCAGCUGCCCGGUUCAUCGAAGCUGGGCACAUCCUCCGGAACUAACUCAGAGUGUUCCGUCGAUGUAGAACGGGAGCUUGGCGCACUUGAAAUGAUGGCCAUGCCUGAAGGCGAUCUGGCAGACGUCGUUGUAUACUUUGAAAGGCAGUUCGACACAGCUGUCGCUCGAUGGCUGGAUAUAGAAGAAAUUAAGACUCAUGAACAACUGCUGACUUUGUUAGCAAUGAAUGAAUGCUAUACUGUUGUUAGCGCGUAGACGUCACCUAACACCUUCUGAAUAUUACCUUUUGUCAAUGUACAGUUAUGGCACUAAUAAUGAACGAUAUAUAAUACAGUUGGUGAUAAUCUCUGUACUAAGCUUUUAUAUUGAAAAACUGUAUGAAACUGGCUGGGUAACGCACACCGGUGGUUUCCGGUUGUUUUUGCGAUUUAACUCUAUUUCUGAAGAAGUGUUAAGUCAUCUGCAUUUAUUACAUUAGUUAUAGUUAAAUAAAGAUUAUGUAUGUAGUAAAAUGCCCACAUCAGUUACUAGUUCAGCGUUAGGCCAUAGGAGCCUAAUUUGUAUCAUUUAUGAUGAGUGCGCAGAAAGUGACUGCUG